CCUAAAGGGAACAGAUGGGAUGGGCCUGGGCACUGCUGAGCCAAGAUGAGGGGAAGUAGAGCUUACCGCUCAGGUCCCCCUCGCCAAUUGAAACAAACACCCUCUGACAUGCCCCGGAUGCUGUUGCUCAUCGUUAUCAUGGUCCAUCCAGGAUCCUGUGUUCUCUGGGUGUUCCAGCCCCCUGAGAUUCGUACCCAGGAGGGCUCUGCUGCCCUCUUGCCCUGCUCCUUCAAUGCCAGCAGAGGGAGACUGGCCAUUGGCUCUGUCGCGUGGUACCGAGACAAGGUGGCCCCAGGGAAGGAAGUGAGGAAUGAGACGCCAGAGUUCAGGGGCCGCCUGGCCCCUCUUGCCUCUUCCCGUUUCCUCUGUGACCACCAGGCUGAGCUGCACAUCUGGGAUACCCAAGACUGUGACACUGGAGUCUACGUGUGCAGGGUGGAGGUGCUGGGUCUUGGUGCUGGAACAGGGAAUGGGACUCUGCUGGUGAUAGAAAAAGGACCUCCUUGGCUGGGGGCCAGCACAGUCCUCCUCCUUCGGGCGGCAUUCUAUGCCUUCAGCUUUAUCUCUGUGGCCAUGGGCAGCACCAUCUAUUACCAAGGCAAAUGCCACUGUCACCUGGGAACAUGCUGCCACUCCUCAGAUGGCCUCUGAUGAGUGAUUCGAGACCUCAGCCAUCCCAACCCUCUUCAAGAGACCCCAAUAAAUCCUUCUCUGCCCCACCACUAA